AGCUUCCCUGCACCGCGCGCGGUCUGCUUCCCUGCCUGCGUCUGUGGUGGAGUGCCAGGUCUUUGCAGGCCGGCCCACUCCGCACAAAAGCCCCAAAGGGCCUCCGCCCCCUUUUCUGUCCCUAAAAUGGCAAAUCCGAGCACUUACCCCGUUGGCAGAGCCUCCCUAUAGGAGGCCCAACUUUGCUUUUGCUCCUGUUGGCUGCUCCUUCUGGCCCCGGAAGCCAGUCUCUUCUACUGGCCUAGAAAGCUCCUCCUGAGCUUCAGGGCUCCCAGCAAAAUAAGUUGUGGCCCGAGGAUGUUGCACUUCAGGGCCUCAUGCCCCUUUCUGGUUUCAGGUGUCUGGGACAGACCUGGAGCUUCACCGACAGAAUUCACCUGGGUAAACCAAGACCGCUAGAUUCUGGCUGCUUCUUCAGACAACAGGCAGAAGUCACAGGGAGAGAGAGACCGCGGGAUUCUGGGGACAGCCGGUUUCCCUUUGGAGGACACUUAAAUUCUUUUGAGAAGACGACAAAGAGGCAGCUCUGUCAAUAAUGGCAACAGAACUGAAAGAGCAGCAAGGAGCCAUUACUGUGAUUUGGUGACAGACCUUCAAACAGCUGGGUCUUAAGGAUAAAAGCUGGAUAAAGAACUUCUGAACUUUGGGUUCAUUAAGUGAAAAUUCAGCAAUGGCUCAGGUAAAAGGCUCUAGCGCCCUCCUUCAAGAUCGUUCACUGGGAAGCCGGUACGCAGUGUCACUCUUGAAUUCUGCCUUAGUCAACAAUGUUGGCCGUCCCCAGUGAGCCGAGCUCUGUAUUAAGCGCCAGGGGGCGAUCUAGAGGAAGGAAAGGAGACAGGCCUCAGCCCCUGCCUUCAGGGAGCUUCCAGUCAAAUGAAGGAGGAAUUUUAUUGAGCUUCUAUUACAUGCAAGGCAUUGUGCUUGGAAUACAAAGACGAAUAAGAUUGUCCUUGUCCCCACUAACUCCACAGCACUGUGUUUACGUCUCCUUGGCCCUGGGAGAGUAGGCGCUCUGACUGGCAUUUCACAUUCGAGGGAAGCAAGGCUUCAAAGGUAGAGACAUGCCCAGAGCCGCUCAGCCCAACCAGCAGAGCCAAGGCAAGUCUUCUGGCUUGUGAAGGCCUAGCAGGUGUGAGUUUGGUUCCCACCGCAGCCAGCAAGAAGAUGAUGCUGAGCCAGAUUGCCAGCAAGCAGGCCGAAAAUGGCGAGCGGGCAGGUAGCCCUGAUGUGCUGAGGUGCUCUCAGGGCCACCGGAAAGACGGUGAUAAAUCGCGCAGCCGCAAAGACGACGACAGCCUGGCCGAGGCCUCCCAUUCAAAAAAGACUGUUAAAAAGGUGGUGGUGGUGGAACAAAAUGGCUCUUUUCAAGUAAAGAUUCCCAAAAACUUUAUUUGUGAGCACUGCUUUGGAGCCUUUCGGAGCAGUUACCACCUCAAGAGGCACGUCCUGAUUCACACUGGUGAGAAGCCGUUCGAGUGCGACGUAUGUGAUAUGCGUUUCAUCCAGAAGUACCAUCUUGAACGCCACAAGCGUGUACACAGUGGUGAAAAGCCUUACCAGUGUGAACGAUGUCAUCAGUGUUUUUCUCGGACAGACCGAUUACUGAGACACAAACGGAUGUGCCAAGGAUGCCAGUCCAAGACGUCUGAUGGGCAGUUUUCUCUGUAGGCUCAAGGGGCCCUAGGUGGUGGGCGUGAUGGGAAGCGUCUCCGGAAGAGCUCACCCCUCUGCUCUGAUGGUCCCGCCACCCCACCUCCGCUCCCUCGGAACCUGUCCCCCGCGAGCAGGAGCGAGCAUCCGCCCUGUAAAUAGUCUGACACUAUGAGCAUCUCGGGGAAGUCCCUGCAGCAUCCCCG